AUGAAAAAGAGCACUAGUUUUGGACCGGAUAUUGCAUGGUAUCGAAGAUGCAACGAUCUUAUAGAGAACUUUGUCAACGACUAUGAUAAAAAACACAAAAAACCAAAAACACUAAAUAAUGGGACCGAACUUAAUCACGUUUUUCGCCAUAUCGCAAGACGACUGUGUGCAGCACUUGAUUCGAGUUUUAGAUUUUGCAAAAAAUUUAGAAAUCAUUCAUGUGCGAAAUUUUAUGUGUCAAAAGUUCUUCGGGUCUCAUGCGGGCGGCCCUUCGCGAGAUCGCCACAAGACCCCGGCGGGAAGUAUUGUCUCGGCACCGAAAGGAAUAUGAGAACAACAUUUCUCGUCCCCAACGUAUCCCUAUAAUUUUGUCGGAAAUAUUCUUUCUACCUAUAGUUUCUACCUAGACGUCAGGGAAUUAAUCGUAAUUCGAGUUUUUCCUUCAUGUAAAAUCUCUGCCGAUUACAGUCACUACAGUCACUAUCCGUGGCAUUCUGCGUCACCUAACUAUUGUAUGGGAAGGAAGCACGCAAGUGACCACACACCUCAUUUUUAGACCUUUGUUUCUUGCCUCAUUAGUAAGUAUGAAAUUCCUCUACCUAGAUUCAGACCAAAAACGCAGCUAUGUUGAGGUCUUUUGACAACACCUAAGUGCGACAAAGUAAACCUAUGCUCUUUUCUGCUACACGACCACCCUGGAAAAUAAACGAAGCGAAGCCGUUUUUGUACGAUUUUCCGAAUGAAUGUAAGAUAAUACGAAGGUAGCGUACUAUCAAGUAUGAAGUAAGACCAGAGGUAGAGAUAGAUGCAUCCAGGAUAUUAGUAGACCUCUUUACCAAGCCAGUUGCCGCUGCACAGCAGAGGACUUUUUAGGAGAAG